AUGCACAAAAACGAGGAUGCAAUUUGGUUAUGGGGUAUAUCGGUUGUCUGUGAACUUUGGUUUGCAUUCUCAUGGCUAUUAACUCAAUUGCCAAAAUUAUUCCCCAUAAAUCGUGUACUCAAUCUCACCGUGUUAAAAGAAAAUUUUGAAAGUAUUUCAAGUGACAAUCCCACCGGAAAAUCUGAUCUCCCGGGCAUAGAUGUAUUUGUUUCCAUAGCCAAUUCAAAGAAAGAACCUACGGUACUUGAAAUUGCAAAUACUAUACUUUCUGUUCUUGCUGUGGACUAUCCUACUGAAAAGUUAUGUAGUUACGUCUCUGAUGAUGCCGGUAACAUUUUGACUUUUGAGGCAAUGGUGGAAGCCGCUUCUUUUGCCAAAUUAUGGAUUCCGUUUUGUCGUAAACAUGAUAUUGGGUGUAGAAAUCCAGAGAUUUACUUUAAUUCGACACAAGAUCCAUACAUAAAUCCGAGACAUACGGACUUUGUUAACGACCGGCGACGGUUAAAGAGAGAGUAUGAUAAUUUUGAAGAUAGGAUAAAUGGUUUGUCUGAUGCAAUUAAACGGCGAUCUGAUGCAUACUAUGAAUCGGAAGUGAAAAAUGCAAUGGAGGUUGCUCCAGAAUCCAUCGAGAUUGCUAAAGCUACUUGGAUGUCUAACGGUGUACACUGGCCUGGAGCAUGGGAGAAUCCAUCUUUAGCGCAUUCUUAUGAUCAUCAUAGUGGAAUGAUUCAGGUAAUAUUGAAGGCUCCAAGUGAUGAACCAUUAUUUGGCAAUUAUGAAGAGGCUGCAUCUCUAGAUUUCACCGGCAUCGAUAUGCGUCUGCCUAUGCUGGUCUAUGUUUCUCGUGAGAAGCACCCAGAGUAUGAACACCACAAAAAGGCCGGAACUUUGAAUGCGCUUCUUCGUGCCUCUGCCGUUAUGUCGAAUGGUCCUUUCAUUCUCGACCUGGACUGUAAUCAGUAUAUCUAUGACUCACAAUUCCUCCGAGAAGGCAUAUGUUUCAUGAUGGACUGGGAUGGUGAUCAGGCAGAUCAGCUUUGCUAUGUUCAAUUUUCUCAGAGUUUUGACCCCUCUGAUGAUUGUCAUGUUGGUGUCAACAUGCGAGCACUUGAUGGACUCCAGGGUCCAGUUUAUGUUGGUACUGGUUGCCUCUUCCGACGAAUUGCUCUUUAUGGCUUUGAUCCUCCUGGCUCCAAAGAGCAUCACGCAGGCUGCUGCAGCUGCUGCUUUCCUCAAAAGCGUAAAAGCCAAACAGCCACGGCAUCUGAAGAGACACAUGCUCUUCACCUGGGAGACUAUAUGACUGAAGAAAUGACCAUGUCCACUUUCCCUCAAAAAUUUGGAAAUUCAUCUUUUCUCAUUGAUUCCAUUCCAGCUGCUGAGCUUCAAGGUCGACCUCUUGCUGAUCAUCCUGCCAUUAAGUAUGGUCGUCAGCCUGGUAUUCUCACUGCUCCUAGGGAAUUUCUUGAUGCAUCGGCUGUUCCUAAAGCUCUCAGUGUCAUUUCAAGUGGGUAUGAAGAUAAGACUGAGUGGGGUCAUUGCAUUGGAUGGAUUUACGGGUCUGAGUCUGAAGAUGUUGUUACUGGCUAUAGGAUGCAUAAUCGAGGUUGGAAAUCUGUAUAUUGUGUAACCAAGCCUGAUGCCUUCCGCAGGACAGCUCCAAUGAACUUAACUGAUAGGCUUUCCAAGUUUGAGUAA